AUGGCUACAUAUUUCAAAGCUCCAUUCACUAUGAUUGGUGACUAUUACUACGUUGAAGCUAAAGUACCAAAAGUAGAUGCAUCAUCUGGUAAUAAUAUAAUAUGUUGUGUGGAUAUAUCAGGUUCAAUGAGUGGUAGUCCAAUUCGUAAUGUUUGUGAAGUGUUACGUGAUAUUUAUAAGCGUACACAAAUUGAAUAUCCAUUAUUUACUUAUAAUACAAAAGCUGAUACAACAAAAACAAUAAAAUCAGUUGAAAAACAAGAUUUAACUGCAAAUGGUGGCACUAGUUUUAGUUCAAUCUUUAGUGCUAUUCAAAAUCAUUUA